AUGCGCUUGACUACACCACUGGUAAAUCACAAACUGCAACACCAAUCCGGGUACCGUCACACCAAUAACGGUACCGAUCGUCCAGGUCGUAAAGAUUCCAAACUCUUUAUAGUACUCUAUCGUUUCAAAAUCCAUGUAACCCCCAUGUCGCCCGAAGAUGCUCGAUUUGCAGAGACAGGUGUUGUAGAGACCUGUAGUUUGGGCGGUGACGAUGAAGAGGAGCCAGGUAAAAUUGAAGCAUUCGAGGAUGGAGAUGAGGCCAACGCUACCGUGGCAAAGAUCACAUAA